GGUGUUCCAGUACUGUUUAUAUCUUUACUCCAGUCACACCUGCGGUUCAUAUACCCCCCCGAGCCACACCUGCAGCCACUGUAUCUCACCUGAGCCACACCUGCAGCCACUGCACCUCACGUGAGCCACACCUACAGCCACUGUAUCCCACCUGAACCACACUUUAUAUAAUCUGACUGGUGCAUGAGCCGGUACGUUGAAACGUUGCUACGCUCAGACAUCGGAACGUUAAUGUGUUAAGACCUCAGGAUGCCACUACGUUGGGACAUCAAAACGAUGCUACACUGAGACAUCGGAAUGUCGCUACACUGAGACUUAAACGGCAUUGCGUUAGGACAUCAGAAUACCGCUGCGUUGAGAGAUUUGGACAGCAGUUGUCGCGGCAACGCAUACUGGAACACUGAGCCACUGCAAACCGCAUCAACGAACAUUAGAGCACAAUUUUCGAAACACGAGGUUGUCGAAGCUUUCUAGGAAUUGUCUGAGCCUCGAAUUCUCGGCUCCUGUUUGUACGGGACAACAUAGGAUGAGCGUCCAAGAUUAGAGAGAAAAAAUGUGAGGUUCCAUAGAGACGGAGCAGCAGGUAGCAAAAAGGAAAACCUAGGAGCACCAAAGUGUGUCAAGGAGCGUCAAGGAACAUCUAAGAACAUGAGCUGCACAGAAGAUAACGAAGGUAUUAAGAGUUCAAACUCGCACUGUCCUGCCACACACGUGCCUGGCCUAGGGGAUCAACCCCAACAAAAGCCUAGCCCAGUGCCGCAGGGAGGAAACAGGGAGGAUGAAGGACGCCGAUGGUCAGGCCCUGCAGGUUCUGGUGGGGGCAUCCUGCGGCUGGAUCCUGCCAAGCCUCGUAGGUCCUCUGCAGCCUCCGUCGAGUUUAAGACUGACAAGGACGACCCGUCUUCACCGUGUCCCAGUGACCGUCUGAGUGUGACCUGGGCGGACGGAGAGAGGUCAGUGUCCAGUGAUGCCGCCUCCCUAGUGCCCCGGGGACCCCAGGCACCUGAACCGCCCUCCCUCAAUGUCACUGCCUGUGGAAGCUUGCUGGAAGAGGAGCCUGUCGAGGAGGAUCUCAAUGCCAGCAUCACAGCAAUCCUGAAACGCUCCGACUCCAAGGGUUCCAGACGAGGCUCCAAGAAGAAGAGAAAGACGCGUAGGACCUCCACCAUGACCACCAGCUCCGGCGAGACGGUGGUGGAGAUGGAGUCUACAGCAGACGAGGUGGCAGAGACGCUCAGGAUCCACAAGGAGGUGCUGGCAGGUAUCAACCAGCAGCCGUGGCCCAUCGCUAGAAAGCUGCGGCUGGCGAGAACUGCGAGGGAGUACAUCCAGCGACAUGAGGGGGAGCUGGAGGAGCGCCUUGCUCAGAGCACCAGCACCAAGGAUCUCCUCCUCAGGAACUUUAUCCGCGUUAGGAGGCUGGUGCGUAUAGCGGCUCGAGGUGUGUACCUGUGGGUGACGGGGCUGGAACCAUGGCAGGGACGCAUCAAGACCAUUGAAUCGCACUUUGGGUCUGCUGUGGCGUCCUACUUCAUCUUCCUCCGCUGGGUGCUGGGACUCAACGUCGCCCUUACCGCCCUCCUCGCUGCUUUCGUCGUCAUUCCUGAGUUCCUGGCAUCUGAGAGGUCGUUGGCGGGAGAGCGCAAGAGCGUUCUGGUGGAGGACAAGGUGAGGGCUUUUGACUUCAAGGUGAUGUGGGACUUCGAGGGUGUUCUCCGCUACUCUCCUGUCUUCUAUGGCUACUACAGCAAGAUUCCUACUACCAGAGAGGGUUACAGGCUUCCCUUGGCCUACUUCCUCACCUGCCUCGCUGUCUAUGCCUACAGCUUUAUAGCAAUAUUGAGGAAGAACUCAUCCACAUACCCACGGGACAAAGUAAGACUCAUCACAUCUGUCUUGAGUAAUUCACAUGGCAGUAAAGCCACACUCGACUCGAUUCCAAGCCACACUGAUAUCCAAGAGGCUGGGACGAAGCUUCCAAAAGAAGUCAGUAGGAGUCAGCAGGUACUUGUUCUCAUACCAGUUAGCCUACGACAGACUCUGUAA